GUUUGCAUCUGCGUGUUCCUGUUUUGUUGGCUGAGGAUGGCGUGGUGCCAAGUGGCCGAUAAUGGCACGUCGAAGGCGCCGGACGCCUUUUUGGAGCAGUGCAGGAGGGAUUGUGCCAUUCAGAGGAACACCGUGGUCUGCGACAAGUACAGGGCAGUCAGGUGGAUCAACGACCUUGUGCAGCAGCAGGAGUUCACCUACGGUCCCUUCAAGAUCAUCAAAAUCCCGGCCAUGCAGACCGAGCGCUUUCUUCCAGAGCUACCAUCGGACCCGAGCAAGAAGCGGAGCGCCGUGGCCAACGCUUUGCACUUUGUUCGCGAGGCCGCCGAGGAUCUGAUGACCAGACGUGCGCUGGUGUACACGGUCGAGCAGGAAUCAGGCGCUCGGGCUCUCAACAGCGGAGCCGGUAUACUCAUCAUGGACGACGAGGAGCUCGGACGAGCCAGACAAGCGAGGACCUUUGAUCUUUCGCCAGCGAACUAUCGAAUCUUCAAGAAGAAAAAGAACAUCAUCCUGCCGAUCCUUAUACUACUGAAUCUGAUAAAAUUGAAGCUGCUGAUUUUACCGAUCUUCCUUGGUGUGCAUUUCAUCAAGAAACUCUUGGUUCUGGGAUCGCUGUUGUUACCGUCGAUACUUGCUCACUUGAAGAUCUGCAAAGUAGCUCAACCAUCUUACCAUCAUUACCACCCCUGGGCGGCAUCGGCAGAGUAUCCCGUGGACUAUCCAUCUGCGUAUGGCCACGAAGAUGCCUGGGAUCACAGGAACGACGUGGCAAGCAACGCAUACGGCAAUUAUUACUCAAACAGUUUCUACAAUCCCUUCGCUCAUUACUUUCAAAACUACAACAAACAGCAGAGGUGA